UUUCCCAGAGCAAGGAGCUGAGCAGGAAUGAGUUGGCGCCAGCUCCCUCAGAUAUAGACAUUGCUGGCUGGAUGACCAGCCUGCCCCGCUAGCGAGAGCCUAAGGGCUCCCUUGGGCACUGCGUCCCGGAGCUGGGGACUGUAGCACCACACCUCAGGGGUGUGCAUGGCACAGAGGGAGGCCAGAGGGGCACGGGCCAUGCCAGGACUGGGCCAGAGCCCAGCCAAGGCCACGCCGAGGUUGUCAGCAGGCACUGAGAGGAAGAGGAACCGCCUGAGCAGGACAGGGCAGGACCUGUGGGAAGAGUCCAGCUGGAGCAACCAAAGAUGGAGCCGAGCUGCCCUGAACCCUCGAGGAGCCAGGGCCAGGAGCCUGGCUCGGGGUCGGAGCGAGGCCAGUCCUGAGAACGCUGCGCGGGAGCGGAGCCGGGUGAGGACGUUGCGCCAGGCCUUUCUGGCCCUGCAGGCCACCCUGCCGGCCGUGCCGCCUGACACCAAGCUGUCCAAGUUGGACGUGCUGGUGCUGGCCACCAGCUACAUAGCCCACCUCACCCGUACGCUUGGACAAGAGAUGCCCGGCCCUGCCUGGCCGCCUUUCCUGCGUGGACUCCGCUACUUGCACCCUCUCAAGAAGUGGCCAAUGCGAUCUCGUCUCUACGCCGGAGGCCUGGGGUGCUCUGGCCUUGAUUCCACCACAGCCUCCAACUCGGGCCAAAGAACAAAGGAGGCAGAGGCCGGGCCCCAGGUCCCUGGAGAGGCAGACACCCUUCUUCCCACCAGACCGCUGUCACCAGCACCCGGUGACAAGUGAUCGUCACAGUUGCCCCCUUCUCCUGGACUGCGACUGAAGCCUCGGGACCUGGAUUCUCUGCCACGCCUCACCUGUCUUCAUUCUGCCUCUCACCCAUCGGAUCUGAUUCAGGCUUGGCUCUGGGUCCCUGCAGAGCAGUGGGCACCUCUGUAAUGAGAGUACUCAGGAGGACCAGGAGCAGAUAGAGCCUCAGCUUGCCACCCACGGGCGAUGCCCCAGGGGCUCCCUUGUGGUAGUUACAAGGGGAGUGGGCGAGGAAAGGGUUUGAUUGAGUUGGAAGUUGAAUUUGUGCACUGUCCCUUGCUUUUCUCCCCUGAGGUUCCCACAAACCCUGGGCGAUUGCAAGACCACAGGCAUACAGGUAGCAGCUGAGGCGGCCGAGGUAGCAGCCGAGGCUGGCAGAGGCUGCAGGGGCUGAUGGGAAGACCAGGGGGCCAGACUGGCUCUUGGCAGCUGUGAGUGUAAACAGAGCUGGGCCGGGGCCAUAUAGACAGAGGGGACACUGAAGAAGGAAACAUGCUUUGCUAUUUGCACUGCAAGAUGCUCACUAGACGUCAGAGGCAGGGAGGAAUUUAGGAGUCUCGUAUCUGCAUCACGGUCUCUCCAGCUGCCCCUCAUCACUACAUUUUCUCCCUCUCUGGGCCCUGCAGCCUUCCACUCUUUUCUUGAUAUGAGUUAUAUUUACAGGUUAAGCCAGAAAGCUUACAUUGCUUACAUUCCAGGAUGCAGAGACAUCUGUACAUGGUCCUAGCUGCCUGGUUUGAAAUUUCAUCCCAACACCUUAAGGCCUUAUGUAUGAAGACUCAAUUACAUCCUUGAAGGACCUUA